AUGAUUUUAAGAAACCUACGACGAACCAUGUCUACCAAUACACAAUUUACCACCAAGAUACUAAAAGUCAGACCAGAAAGUAUAACAUUUGAUUCAAAUGGGAAUGCAACUAUAACUGAUGAAGAAACAUUAAAUAAUUUACAAACAGCCGCAAAAGAAUUAACCACUACAAAUAAUGCUAUUGGAUUCCCAACAGAGACAGUUUAUGGACUUGCAGGAUCAUCAUUAAAAGAUGAAUCAGUACGAUCUAUUUAUCGUGCAAAGAAUAGACCGGCUGAUAAUCCAUUAAUUACACAUAUUUCAUCAAUAGAUCAACUUAAACGAAAAUUAAUCAACCAAGAAGAAAUUCCAUCAAUAUAUAAUAAGUUGAUUGAAAAAUUUUGGCCAGGUCCUUUGACUAUUUUAUUACCAAUAUCAAAAAACUGUCCAAUUUCUAAAUUAGUAACAGCAAAUCAAGAUACAUUUGCUGUUAGAAUGCCAAAUCAUCCUGUUGCAAGAGCAUUAAUUUCAAUUAGUGAUACCCCAAUUGCAGCACCAUCAGCAAAUGCAUCAACAAGACCAAGUCCAACAUUAGCAGAACAUGUAUAUAAUGAUUUAAAUGGGAAAAUUCCAAUUAUUCUAGAUGGUGGUGCAUGUGAUGUGGGUGUUGAAAGUACAGUUAUUGAUGGAUUAGUUGAUCCACCAAUGUUAUUACGUCCUGGUGGAGUAUCAUUAGAAGAAAUUAAAAAAUAUGGUGGUAAAGAAUGGGAGAAUGUUAUUAUUGCUAAAAAAACAGCAGGAAAAUUGGAACCUGUGAAAACUCCAGGAAUGAAAUAUAGACAUUAUUCACCAACAGCAAAAGUUAUAUUAUUUGUUAAUUGUGGAGAUGGUAAAGAAGCCAUAUUAAACUAUUUGAAACAAAAUAAUAUUGAUUGUAAUAACACUAAAAUUGCAUUAUUAAAAUCAUGUAAUUUUGUUGAUGUUGAAGGUGUUGCAAUUAUUAAAGAGUUGGGUAAAAAUGGACAUGAAAUAUCACAUAAUUUAUUUAAAUAUCUUAGAGAAGUUGAUGAAGAGGAUAAAGUUGAUUUAAUACUUGUUGAAGGUAUAGAUGAGACAAAUGAAGGAUUAGCAGUCAUGAAUAGGUUAAGUAAAGCAGCCAUGGAAGUUAUUCAUCCAUAA